CAAACCACAACUGACCAGUCAACUCUAAUAUGAGGACCAACUGACCAGCUAGCACCAAACCAUGGUGUAACUGACCAGCUAACACCCAACUGGCCAGCGGUGUGUGAAGAUAUCUCCUGAGUUAAAAACGUCCCAACAGGCAAGCCAAUGGUUGCCAGAUAUUCACGCUGUUUAGAUAAUUUGGCGCGUUAAUGACGUCAUUAACAUCCGCGUUUGACAUCCGCUAGCUUCAAACUUUCGACUCAAUGAUAAUCAAACCAGCGAAUCCGAAAUAAUCGCAAAACAACUUUCGGAGCGCCGUUUAUUCGGCAGUUCUGAUUUAAAAUAAAAAUCAAUGGUUUCUUUCAUUGAUAAAGAAUUGAUUCUUACAUCAUAAUUUUUUUCCCUGCCUUUCUCGCGAAUUCAAAAUGCAAAUGAUCUGAUUGGAUUGUGAACCGGAAAUGGGAUGCACAGAGCUUCCAUCUUCUCGGAAUCUCCAUUUGGCGGGAAUUCCCCCGGCGUAUAUAAAUUAAUAUUUAAAGAGCAGCGCGCCUGACAGAAGGCGGGAAAAUGACACGCAGGCGUACAAAGGGGGCAGCAGCCGUGGCGGCUAGGCAUCUAGACUGGACGCCCAAAUGGGCGCUGCUGAUUUAUUUCCUGGUGUCGGCGCGGCAGUGUGUUCUGAUGGGAGAGAUGAUGUAUGAUGAGCCGGGGUGUCUGUUUCCUGAGUACUUGCAGUCCACAGACCCAGGCUAUGGGGACUGGACAUGGAAAUAUUCUGGCAGCGUCCACGUGGGUCGUGUCCAGGGCGGGAUGUACGUCAUCUGCUCCAGCAAGGAGACGGACGAGGAGUCGUGUCCUGACAAGAGGAUAUGUGUCCGGCAGCACGGACCUGACGUGUUCGUGGUCAAGCAUGGAGAGGACGGUUUCCGGUACCAGUGUAUCCACUUCAUCAGCCGCAGCCCCACCGUCAUCCAGCUGGAGCUGUCGGAUACCAUCGAGAACGUCACAGCCGUCUGUAGUCGCAACAUGACACUGGACCACUCGCCGUGGAUAUCCGUCCGCUACUACAAGCAAGCAGUUGGGAACUGUCCAUUUUCUGGGGGGUACAACUUCCAUGAGAUCCACGAGUUCACAAAAACCCACAUUCUGCACAGGAACAACUCCCAGUGCAUGAGGCACCCCCACCGUGCCGACGCCCCUGUGAGGGUGGAGAGCGACUGUGUAGAGAGGGAGGGGAUGUACCUCCACUUCGGCAACCGGAACUGCAUCCCCCACGACAGCUACUUCACCCAGAGCCAGCGGUUGGUGUGUAUGGCGUGGUGGGAGAGGGACGGUUACGGCUUCGUCUUGCUCAGGAAGGAGCACGACCGCGCCUUCUACUGCAUGCGGGUGGGCUUCAGGAAGUUUGAGGUUACCCACAUUACCCUAUUCCUGGACUGGGAGUGCUACCGGGUGACUGACCUGAGUGACCCUGGGGGUAGGAACAGGCUGCCCUACUCUACCGCCUACGUCAUCUUCAACAACUCGCAGAAGAAAAUCAUCACCAACGUCUGCGACAAGGAUUUCAAAGACUGUAGCUUCCACAGAGGCCCAUGUCACGACGGCACCUGCUACAGGUCCUGUCACCAGUGCCUCAACCAGACAGGUGCCGCCUGCGAGUUUGACAAGGACGUGCGUCACACCUGGACCCUGAGGGGACCGUACGGCGCCACCUCCAACAUGACGAUUCAUCAGAACUCGCUACGUCACCCCUCAUUAGGAUUAUUGCAAUGCGUCACCUUUGACCCUCGGUAUAAAGUGGCACUGCGAGCCAUACUGUGGGGAACGUAUCAGAACGGCUGCUACCCCCGCUUCCUGUGCAUGUACUACGACACCCCCUCCGCCCACAUCAUGAGGUACCGUCUGAGCAACAUCCAGCAGUGGCCCCUGACCUUGACCGACGAGGGUAUCUGUAACGAGACCAACUUCGUCAUACAGCCUGACUUCAAUGACCCAAAGGACAGGUACAAGGACAAACCCUGGGAUGUCGCCGUCAAGUCACGUGGUCACCUCAAGAGAAUGUCCUGCAUCUUUCCCAGCGAGCUGCCAACAAGUGCCUCGUUUGUAGACCAAUACAACAAGUCUGGCUGUCUGAUAUUUAAGUCGGAGGCUACUCCCAAGAGUAUCACACUGGUCAGCCUACCUCCAGCCACUGACCUGGAACUUCCUGUGCCAGACUACGAUGACGCCACCUACCAGCUGGAAUAUUUCCACUGCGUGGCGGCCAUGACCUACAUCAACAGCUUCAAGUCGGUCAUCACCGUGACGGCAGACAAUACCUCAGAGGUUCUGUGUUGGAUGAUCAAAGACCACAGUACCCUGAUCGUGGUGAGUACCUCCUCUUGCAACAAGGAGACCGCUGAGGGCAUCCUCAGGGGGGAGGAGAGGUACCUGCCCCACCUCAAGUGGAGGCUGGAUCUAAACACAGCGGGACCGGAAGUCAGUGCACGCUGUACCAAGAUCUACGACCAUAACGAGAACAGAUGGAAGGAGAAACUAAUCGAGAAGAUCGAACAUAUAGUGCACAGUACCGUCAACAUACGAAACUGUGGGACAGUCCUGUCUAGUCCAGUCCUCGUCAUUUGCUUUCUAUUCAUGCUGUUAACAUAG